AUGCCUGUUACAAGUAUUAAUAACAGUGAUGUGCAGCUAGAGACAAGCAAAGUGAGUGUAAAGAUUCCCCCAUUCUGGAUUGAUAGACCAAAGAUAUGGUUCUAUACUGUUGAAGCCCAAUUUAAAAUUGCAGGAAUUACAUCAGAAGGAACUAAAUUUAAAUACUUAGUGGCUCAGCUGGAUCCUAAGUUUGUAGAAAAUAUAUGGGACAUUAUCAAAGAUGAAAUUGCAACUAAAUAUUCAGCAGCAAAAGAAAGGCUAACGAACGUAUUUAAAGAGAGUGAAAAUAAGCGUAUCAAAAGCUUAUUGACUGGUUUAGAACUUGGUGAUAUGAAGCCAAGCCAACUGCUGAGAAAGAUGAGAACGCUUCGUGAUAAUAACGAUGUGUCUGAUAAAGUGUUACGUACUCUCUGGAUGGAAAAGUUGCCUGACGCAGUCAAAAAUAUCCUUAUAGUCAGUUAUGAGAGUCUUGAAAAAUUAGCCAGAGUGGCUGAUAAAAUUGCUGAAAUGGGUCCAUGCAUGGAAUUUGCAAGUGCAUGCAAUGAUGCCUCUCCAGUUAACGAACUUCUCACUAAAAUAUCUGCUUUGUAG